CAGCUGUCAAUGUCAAAUUGACGUUAAACAAGUUUGUCUAUGCCUUUUCCUGUCUAAAUUUCCCCCUGAGAGAAGCAAAAAUGGGUCGUUACUCUCGGGAGCCGGAUAAUCCAGCGAAGUCAUGCAAAGCGCGUGGCUCAAACCUCCGUGUUCACUUCAAGAACACAUAUGAGACUGCUAUGGCAAUCAGAAAGAUGCCUCUGCGUCGGGCUAUCCGUUACCUCAAGAAUGUGACUGAGAAGAAAGAGUGCAUUCCGUUCCGUCGCUUCAAUGGUGGUGUAGGCCGCUGUGCACAGGCCAAGCAGUUCGGAACCACACAGGGACGCUGGCCCAAGAAGUCGGCGGAAUUUCUGCUCCAACUCUUGAGGAACGCUGAGUCCAACGCUGACUACAAAGGCCUUGAUGUUGACAGGCUGGUCAUUGAUCACAUUCAGGUAAACCGUGCGCCUUGCCUGCGCAGGCGGACAUACCGCGCCCACGGUCGUAUUAACCCCUACAUGUCGUCUCCCUGCCACCUCGAGGUGUGCCUCAGCGAGCGUGAAGACGCCGUCGCACGCGCCGCUCCCGCCGACGACGCGCCCGCCAAGAAGAAGCUGUCUAAGAAGAAGCUUGCGCGCCAAAAGGAAAAGAUGAUGAGGGAAUAGAUGUAUAAGAGUUAAUAAAUGGCUUACUACAA